UUUUGGCCUCUGGAAAAGGGUACAUGGUGGGAGGACACGGGGAUAGAUAGAUUUCAGUGUAAACGCUUGCUUGCUAGCUGGCAACUCUUGCGAGGGCCGUUUUUGCAGAGCGAAUGGACCAUGUUAGGCGUAUGCCGCAUUCAUGACCGGGAGAGAGUACCGUACCUAGGAUCGUCAACCUCGAACCGUCAGUGGCUUCAGGUUCGCCGGGUGCUGGUGCAGCUUCUGCUCCGUCUUGCAGCAGCAUUUGCUCGUACAAUUGUUGCAAUUUCACGGUUUGCUUUUGCAUGUGCGAGAGCAUGUCCUCCAAUGGGGCGAUGGCAGCGUCCAAGGCUUCCUCCCGUCUCUGUUCUUUACACUACUUCGAUACUGUGGCCAAGGCGGCGGCAUUACCAUCCCGGUAAGUAAAGGAAUGUUCUUAGUUGGCGCAUGAAAGAGAAAGUGUCUAGGCGAGGUCGAGGACGAGGACGAGGACGAGGACGAGGACGACAAACGGAAAAGCCGG